AUGCCUCCUGUUUAUGAUGAAGAGGAAGGGAUGGGACCUUUGGAGAAAGGUCGGCAUCGUUACCAGAAGAAGAACUAUCAAGGCGCAUUAACUGCAUUCGCAGAGGCUGUGAAAAUUAGUACUGGCUACCUAUUGCUCACUGCUUUGGAUCAUCGCGCUGCUACAUAUGAGAAGUUGGAUCUAUUGCAACCAGCUCUUAAAGAUGCGAAAGAAAUGCUCGAACUGAAACCAGAACUAUCUAAAGGAUAUCUUCGAUGUGGGAAAGUUUUACAGCUUAAAGGGGAGCAUCAACUAGCCUUGAAAAUCUACGAGCGUGGUCUCAGAAAGGUCAAAGUCGAUACUGACAAAGAUCGUUUAACCCUCCAAUCAAUGUUCAAUAAGUUACAAAAGUCACUGGCGCCUAGUAAAACUCUAGAUCCGCUCUCAUACCUACCAGUUGAAUUGGCAGAAAUGAUAGCUCGGCAGCUUAGCAUACGAGAACGAAUGAUAUGUUUGAGUGUGAGCAAGUCAUGGAAGCGAGUAUUGGAAUCUUCUCAUAAGCUAUGGACAACCUUAGACACUAGCAUUACUAGAAGAGGCCUCUCUCAAAAAUCGCUGAGGGCAUACCUUAGGAGAUCAAAUUAUACCGUCGAUGAAGCUAUUCUUAGGUACGAUACUAUCGACGCCGCAAAAUUGCAGUAUCUCAUCAGGACAUGUACAAAGUUGCAACGCCUUACAAUACACAACAAAAAUAAUGCUGCGAUUGGAGAGACCUUAACUUCGGCACUUCCCUUUGCAAAGUCAUUGCAAUAUUUCAAUUUGCAGAUGUUUGAAAUUUCUUUUCGAUCCGUAGUCGAAUCAUUACGGCAUGUUCAAGCAAGUAUUGUUGAGGCAGAGUUUAUGGGAGUCUAUCAUGCUUCCCGAGAUGCUAGCUGUAUGUGGCCGAAGUUAGAAAAGUUGCGCGUCUUGAGUAUGUCCAAUGGAAUCUAUGUUCGCAGGAUAUCUUUGGGCAACCUAAUCGAAUCAAUUCCUAAUAUUCAAACAUUGUCAUUAUCAGGAUUUGACUUGCAAAGUCUCUCUUCAUUGGACUUGGCUGGGCCCCUCAAGUGUCUAGAAGUUAUCGAACUCACAUCGUGUGAUUUGAGAACGAUUCCAUUGCUCCCUUCAACGCUCAAAAUACUUCGUCUUCAUAAAAACCUGCAGCUAUCAAAUCGAAAAGACAAUAACGUUCUUUUUCCCUUCAUGGAAAUUCUCACGUGCCAGGAGACUGGACUCAGCGAUGAAUGGGUCGUUUCCGUUCUCAAAAAUGCCCGCAAUCUCAAGCAUCUAGGCAUUGGAAGUCGCCUUGUCGGAGAUUACACUAUCGCGCAUCAAAAUUUUCCUAUAUGCGAGAACGUCGUGAUAUUGAGUGUUAGCUAUUUACAGUAUGAAGAAACAGACUUUAUACGUGUAGUCGAAAAAUUUCCAAACUUGGAAAAGCUGCAUAUCUGUGGUACGAAGAUCACGGGUGUUGCUGUGAAGCAUUUUGUUGACCAAGGGGUUAAAUUCCUGGACCUAAGGGAUUGCAAUAGAAUCAGCACGGAUGCCAUUCUAUAUGCUCGUGGAAAGGGUGUGGAAGUCAAAUGGGGUCUUAUCGACCCCAUAACCGCGCCAAUCUAUAGAAACCGAAUGAUGGCCUUUUGA